UUUGUUACCCAUUUUUUCAUUGGUCGUUUUUCUCCAACUAGUAUGAGUACUGUAGAACUUCAACGUGAGGCCUUUGCCUGAAGUUUGAGUCGAAACACCUUACAGUAACGCAUUUAUUUAGAGGCUCGAACCACUGACCCAACCUCCACAGGGCUCGAACCACUGACCCCUAGAGUCAUGGAAGCUUGGAGUGAAAUGUCUCCCGACUUUAUCACUCGACCAUCCACUCUCAUGUCGAAUGCAAAUCUCACUUAAAGAUGCUUGGUGAAUUCCUGUUGAGUCAGCUCAGAGCACUGAGGGAGAACAACAUCCUCUGUGACCUUGACCUAAUAGCCAAUGACCGGACCAUCGUGACGAUGCAUCAAAUAGUGUUCACUGCAAUGAACAAGCGCCACUUUGAGUUGGCUGUUGAUAAUGCUUCAACAGGGGUGUUUGAUGUGCAGACCAAGAAGCGCAUGAUACUGUCAUGUCUGGACGCUGAUGAACUGAGACUCAUGGUGGGUUUUAUGUAUGGACAGAGAAUCAGCACCCCACAAAGAUACAAGGUUCUGAAGACAGCCUUAGAAAAAGUAAACAUGUCCUAUUUACUGGACCCAAUUGGAGGUUCUGUUCAUGCAAGAUUAUCCAAACCAACUACAACCGAAGCUAUGUAUGUUGAACCACAAUAUGAUUUCCUUCCUGCUUCUAAUAUUCAGUUUCUUGUGAUGCGAGAAAUGGACAGGGGGAAAAUAGAUCCCACUUAUGACAAUGCCAGAACAGUUGAAGAUUCGCCAAAAAUCAUGACAGCAUCUGCUAGUAAUGAAGGACACAACAAAUACAGUGAGCAGCCUUGCAUAGGUGAGAAUCAUAGUGUAGAGAAAUCAGUUAAAAAUAAAAGUGGUAGGACCAAUGAGUGUCCUGAAGAUAAUACAAUGGGCACUUUGGACAACACAAAAUUAGCUAAAAGAACUGAAACUUUUAAUAGAUGUGCAAGAAAUGAAGACCUUAGCUCAAACACUUGUGAGAAACCCAAUGUUGACAACACAAAACUCGAUGAAGGUACUCAACUUAAGAUAAGAAAUUCUUCUGAGGAAUUUGAACAAGUUGAAGACACUUGUCUGGAUGAGUAUUGUGACUCUGUUAGUGAUGAACAGCUUUCAAUCAACAUUUCACAUGAUCAUUCAGGUGACAAAUUGAUAUCUGCCAAAAUUGCUGGUAAUGAACUUAGCAGAAACACUUGCAAUAACUCAUAUGACAAUGUGGAUUUUGUAGACAAUCCGUCUGAUGAAGCAAAGUGUCUGACAAGCACUGAAAAUGAUGUGAGCAAAAACCAGGACCAAACUGGAACUAGCUACCAGCAUUUAUUACACAAAUCCAAACACAUGCUUGCUAAUAAUAAUGGACCAUCUGUUGUAAACAAAAUUGCAGGAACUGAAAAUCAUGCAAGUGACAAUGGUCAUAAAACUGAUCAUUGGUCUCCUAUUAUUAGAGUGAGUGAACACAAAACUUCAGAAACUGUCCAAGAACAAGUAUGUGUGAAAAUCGAACCUGAGCAUAGCAAAGAAUCAAAAGUUGGGGAAGAAAACUUUGGAAAUGUUGAAGAUCAUGAAAAAGAUGAAGGAGAAAGCAUGAAAAACAAGGAUCCAUCUGUAGACAUCACUUGUGAAAGAGAUUGCAAUAGUGCAUUUACAAGCAACAUUACCAGUUCAGCUGUAUAUGAAAGUCCUUCAGUGACCAUUCUUACAAUUAAAGAAGAAUGCAAUUAUAUAUCUAAUGAAAGGAACAGUGAAAAUCGUGUUAAACAUCUGGAUGCAAAUACUGUUCAUUCAGAACCUGAAGUUAGUGUUACAAACAAUGCUGUUAAUGAAUCAAAUGCUGAGCCCAAUACAAAAUGUGCUGUACACAACCGGAAACCUUUGUUUAGGAAGAGGUCGUCACAUGAAGCAGAAAUUGAUGACAGAAGAACAAUUGCCAUGUACUAUAAAGAAUGUGAAGAUAAUGCUGGUAUUCUUUGCAAACAGCAAAAUAAGGAGGUAAUUAAUUCAGAGACUUCUGAUCGUGUCCCUGUCAGUAUUUCAGUGUUAUCAAACUCCCAAAGCCCAAUGAAAGUAUUUCCCAAUCAGCCAAUCAAGCAAGAAAAAGUGGACAUCACACACAGUUCCGAUGCUUAUGGUGAUAAAACAACGGAAGUAUUGCCCAAAUGUUUAGAAGAAUCAUUUGCAAACCAAGAUUGUUUGCCAAGCACAUAUUUCGCUUCAUCAUCAUUGGACAUUACUGCUAAAAGCACAACAGCUAUACCAAACCCGGACAUCAUUGUUGUGCCUCCAUCUAUUGUUCGUAAAUAUAUUUCGCCAUUCAAAAAAUGUAAAUCGGAUGCUUCAUGUGCUAAACGUAGACGUUUUUGUAUACGUAAUAAAAACACCGACUUGUCAUGUAUUAGAAACUCAACAUCUGUUGUGGCGAACCCCAAUGUUGUUUCGCCAUCUGUUGUGGCCAAUCCCAAUUUUGUUUCGCCAUCUGUUGUGGCGAAUCCCAAUGUUAUUUCGCCUUGUAGCAGUACAAAAGUUGUAAUCAAGAAUGUUGAUGACUCUUACAGUGUUGUCAAAGUAAAUGUUUAUGAUGACCUUAAGAAACAAAACAUUACACAGGGAAAAUCAUGCGAGCUUGUUCUUCAGAGGGUAGGCAACAUUACAUGCAACAUCCCUUUACCAAUAAAAGAAUCUCAAACAAAAAUGCCAGAAAAGUUUGGUUCUGUUGGUUCUUUGGAAACCGUUACUUCAAGCAUGCAUGUGGACAACAAAAUGUCUCCUACAAUUGUGUCGACUCAGUACGGAAAUCAGUCACCAGUACUUUCUACCUUGUUGUCUACUGGGUUUGAGCAAUUUUUACCUGUAGCUGCUGCAGUGUUAUCUACAGGAAAGAAUCAAGGUUUACCAGUUGUUCGUUCUACAUUAUCAGGAGGAUUUGGAAAUAGCUUAUCUGGAGUUCCUACAAUAUUGUCUUCAGGGUUCGGUCACCAGUCACAGUUUGUUCCUACAAUGUUGUCGACUGGAUUUAAAAAACAAUUAUCUGACGGUCCUACCUUUUCAUCAACAGGGUUUGCGCACCAGUUUGUUCCUUCAAUAUUGCCUGCAGUAUCAGGAAAUCAGUUACCAGUGGCUCAUGCUACCUGUACUGUCUUGUCAACUCUAUCUGGGAAGCAGUUACCAGAACUUUCUACUUGCUUGUCUACAGCAUCUACAUGUAGCAGCCAGUUAUCGGUAGUUUCUUCCAGCAUGUCUAUACAAAAUGCGAUUCAGAAACCAGUAGUUUCGCCCGUCUUCACAUUCAGUACAUGCAGUAAACCACUAUCAGUACUUUGUCCAAUGUUGCCCUCAACUAGAUCUGUUAGCAUACCCCCAUCAGUUUCCACUUUAAAAUCAGACAUGUCUGGACCUCAGACUACCACUGUCUCAGUGGGCAUUUUCACGACAAGUGGUAACUGCCUUACAACUGCCUUGAAUUAUAACAAUACGUCCUGCUCCAAACCACAAUCAAGUGCACAGAAAUACAUUAAACCACAUUUAAGUCUUGGCUCUCUGCCAUUUCUAAAUCCGGCAACCUCUGCACCAGUUCCUGUCCACAUAACUCCCAUAACAAACAAAUUACACAAGAAUAAAAGCAAGAAGUUUUCUAGUCCCACGUCAGUCGAUAUUGUUAGAUAUCGUGUAGAAUUGUUAACCCAUUUGAUGGGUCAGAGCCAACCUAAGCAGCAACCAUCUUUGCUAACAGUCCCUUCUGGAAUGAAGCCCAGUGUAACAGGUACAUCUACUGACUCCGAGGGGGCUCAUUUUAUUGGCCAAGGACCCUUUCAAACACUUGUGUGGAAAAACAAAGGCAGAGAGAAAAGCAAUUCAUGGAUGUGUGACAAAAUUGAGCCAAUUAACUCAUUGAGUAUUGGUCAACAUAGUGAUGAUGAAGAUGAACCUUUGAUAAAUGUGAAGAAGAAAUUAAGAGUAUUGUCGGGCAGUCAUGUCAAUUCUAUAAAGCCCAGUACCAAAUUGGAUGGUAUGCCAUGUGAGGACAGUUCUCCUUCAGAAGAGAAUCAUAUGACAUCUCAUUUGAGCAUCCUGCACGGUCAGACAGGUGUAAUUGUAAAUGUAAACAUUGCACGGGAUGAAACUCAAAAGGGUUCAGAAGGGCUUCAAAACAUUCAUAUGAAGGACAAUACAGGUAAUGAAGAGGAGAAAAAAGCAGAUGAAACAGCCAAAACAAAAUCUUCAGAACAGGAUAUGAAGGUUUUGGCUAAACUAGUUCCUAGCAAACGCACAUGCGUUGGAACAAAAAGAAAGCUGAAAGAAGCUAGUGUCACGUCAGAGUGUGAUUCAAAUUAUUCUAGCUCGGAUACAGACGAAGACGGUAAGAACAAUGUGUCCAAUAUAGCAAUUUCAAAAUCAGACUCUAGUGACACUUUUCGUGCAGUAAAAACAUCGCAUGGAGAAAACAGUAUCUGUUUAGACAAAGAUAUUCCUUCUUUGGCAACAAAAACACCUGUCUUGACAGAAAUUCUGAAAAGAAGGUUUUUUCCCAGCGUUUCCACUACAGUGGACAAAAUAAUGCAUAGUGAGACUGAACAAGCUUCACUGUACAGUUCAGUAAAAUCAACAAGCACAUCUCGCAAAAGGUCUUGCAAUUCUGAAACAAUGUCUCAAAAUAUGUAUGAAAUCAGAGAUUCUUUCAUCAGUGAUGUUAUAGAAAUUGGAGAUGACAGUGACUCUAGCCCCUCUGCAGGUGCCAAAGAUACACAAGCUAGGCCAACAUAUGUUGAUAGAAAAUGCCUCCAGGAAGAGAUUAGGGUAAUGAAUGUAAGUAUUGCGAAGUUAACUAUGCAAGGCAUUUUAGAUAAAAAGGCUAGAGAACUUUUAAAGAAAUUUGACAAAAAUAAUCAAACAGAAGACGACAGAAGAGGCAAUCAUAUAAACAUGUUGUAUCAUAAUUACACUGAAAGUGAAAAGAAACAAUUCAUGGACAAAUUAAACAAAUAUCUCCAAGAAUUGCUUAUUCAGAGGACCCAGCUGAAAGAAAGGCUUAGAAUCAGCCGCUUGGGGCAACCUAGGAAACAACAAAGAAUAAUGUCAAAAGUUAAAAAAAUAUCUAAACAAGUGAAUCCAAUAAUGCAGGUACCAAUGAAAACAGCUGUUUCUACAAUUUCAACAGAGACCACUAUGUUACCAUGCAUAGAUAACAUAGAUAACUGUAUUCCCACUGUCAGCAGCAACCUUCCCGGGGGACUAUCCUAUAGAAAAAUACUGCCAAAACCGGUCCUGGGAGUAAAAAUCCAGAAUCUUAAUGCUACUUUGAAGAUAAAAGGAAGGAAAAUUCAGCCAAAAAUUGAGAAACAGAGUGUUAAUGAAAGUAAGAAAUCCUCAGGUCUAGACCCCAGUUUGUAAAAAUUUGUUGUUGAUAAAAUGAACUGAUGAUGUGUUUCAUUGGUUAUUGACGUGUUUUCAUUUCAUUUUCUUAUCACUGCUUUCAAUUUCAUAUAAAAAAUCAUAACCUUAUUAUAAAAAUGUAUGGUAUAUUGAUUGCUAUAUCCUGAUCGCCAAUUCAUUGUGUCAUAUAUGUAUGAAAGUCUUUUGCAUAUGCCAUCAAUAUAGAAGUAGAGUGUGUAACCUGUAUUGAAGUAAAAGCAUUUUGAUUACAGUGUUUUUCUGGGUAUAUCAUUAAGUUCGUACUUGUUUCAAACAUGAAUAUGUUCCCAUGUUAUGAAAACGGCAACAAUUGUGUAUUGUUUUAAGAUUUUUCUUGGAAAUAACAAGCAAAGGUGUAAUAUAAUUCAAUACAUCAGAACAUAAUUUUUAUUUUUUUGCCAUUAAGUGUUGUUCCCUUUUUUACUCAGAACUUAUUUAUAAAAAAUACAAAUCAUUUGAAAACAUAUGAACAAAAUUACCAAAUGUACCCAUAGAAAUGAAAACAUCCUGAUCAAGGUAAACAUAUCCAUCAAAACUCUUGCAUGAAAAUAGUGCUUUAAUGUUUGUAAAUUAUUGUUCAUUGUACUAUCAAUAUGGAAAUAGUUCAUCAGAAAUGCAUUGUAUGAAGGUAGAAAUAUUCAGAUUUAUAUGUGCUUGAUGCUUCGCAAACCAUGUUAUGUGUUGAUGAAAUAUGUUGUAAUAUGGUAUGAUUCACAUUUACAAGUUUGUAAUGUUGAUAUAAAAUUUAAGUUAUAUACAUCAUUAUAUGCUGUUUUUAUACAACACUUACACCCGACUUCAUUUUGACCUGGACAUUGAUCUCCUGUAGGAGUAAUCCAGGUUUAAAUUAUUAGUACCCGACUUCAUUUUGACCUGGACAUUGAUCUCCUGUAGGAAUAAUCCAGGUUUAAAUUAUUAGUUAAUCCAAUUUGACAGGUUUUAUCUAACAACAAUAUCACACACUACAAAGCUUUGAUACUUGCAUGGAUGUUAUUUAGUAAAACGUUCAACACAAUCCAUAUCAACCUCAUUUUCAGCUUCACAUGGUCAUACUUUUGGACUUACUUAAAGGGUCCAAAUUCUUGGUUCACAACAAAGGGUGUAUUUUAUCGAAAAUCAAUAAUUCCUUCUUCCAAAGCUUGUAUGCUUGUAGUUGAUGUCUUUGAUCACAAUCAAUACACCCACAUCACCUUACUUCAUUUUGACCUUGAUAUUGUCCUAAUUUUGGAUUAUUCAGGUCAAAAUUCUUGCUUAACCCCAUAUGACACAUUUCCUCACACAUCAAUACUGCUUGAUGAAAAGCUUUGAUACCUCUAAAGUCACCCUACCUCAUCUGACCUUGGACUUAACAUAAUUUAGAGAUCAUCAUUUUUGGUAAAGCCGAUUCGACUGUUUGAUAAAUCUUUGAUUUUUACGUCAAACUCUUUGCACACUCACAUCAUGUGACAUCCUUUCUACCUCGACAUUGACCUUAUUUUGGUCAAGGACUAAUAUCAGCCAAUGAAUCAAUACUAACCAGGCUUCCAUUAGGGGUAUUGUGCCAUCAUUAUACUCUAGCACAGAAAAAAAUGUUGUAUGCUGGAUUAUUUUACAGCUGGUCACUUGUGCUGCUUUUGGGUGACUUGCUCAGGACACAAUUGGAAAACUAGCAGAUAUAUUGAAAUUAAACUUCAAAUGUAAAAACAUAUAAUCCAAUGGAGUUGCAGUACACAAGAAUCAUAACUCUUGAUACCAUUGCUCCUUUAUGUUACAUACUUUAAUUUUGUCAGCAGCUUUACUCCUUCUGACACACACACACAACAAUCAGACCGUCACUCAUACCUUUCCUAUAUUUUGGCAGUUUAAACACUUUUCACUCCUAUCACUGCUGUCAGUUCACCAAAUUACUUACACAGUUCAGGUUCAGCUGGAUUAUUAGUAUUUAGUGGUACACUACUUGUUUAAAGUAGAUAAAAUUGAAAGCCUAAGAAUUGUUGAGGCACUCACAGUCCAUUUCCUAGGUAAAAUAAUUACUUGGUGCGUUUUGGGGGGAAACCUAAAAAAAGCAACUAUAGCAAGGAACAAACGGGUUACUUCCCUGUCAUGAACAUUACACCAUAUCAUAUCCACUUUGACCUCCAGCAAUAAUUUAAAGACAAAUCUCCAAAGUUAUGAAUAAGGUUUUGGAAUCUAACAACAGAAUGCUUUGAUUUGUUUUACAACAAUCUGACAUGUAUCUUGAUGGCUUUCACAAUACUUUUCUUUGUGAGGUAUAUCUGCCUAACAAAAACACUUUACUUAAAGCAACUUAAAGGGGCCUUUUCACGCUUUGGUAAAUGGACAAAAUUGAAAAAAAUUGUUUCAGAUUCGUAAAUUUUCCUUGAAGUUAUGAUAUUUGUGAGGAAACAGUAAUACUGAGCAUUUACCAUGCUCUAAAAUAUCCAUUAUGUGCAUCUUUUGACAAUUUAAAAUGCUGAACAUUAUAAAGCGUUGCAACGCGAAACGAUUGAAUAAUUUGGAGAAUUCUGUUGUUGUCGUAUUUUUUGAUACUAUGAGGAUUGCAUAUAUAAAGUAAAAAAGUCAUUCGUCAUGGUAUGAGAGCGGAUGGUGUAGUGGAUAGAGCGGUAGACUUUUGCUCCAUGGCUCCAGGAGUGAGUGGUUCAAGCCCCAUUGAGUGUUACUUUUUAAAAAAUUCUUUAAUUGUAUUUGUGUUUUUUUACAGGAGAUUUUGAGACCCAAGGUUAACAUUUAUCAAUAUAAAGUAGGGAUGGCAACGGUUAAUCAGUUAACCAGUUAUCCGUUUCUUAAGGAGUUUAACCGAUUACAUAAUUAAUAUUCGGUUACUCUUGCAGAAAACACAUUUUUUAGUUGAACGCAAUAAAUGCUCAAAUCGUAA